UGUAACAUGUACUAUUGAAAAAGAGACUUUAGCGUACUGACAAAUUUAAUUACAAUUAAUUAAAUUUAUUAUCUUUCGAAUUCAGAAUAUAUAUUUGGAAAACUUGUUACUAAUAUCUAUGCAAAAGUCUAAUAACUGAUUAAUACUAGUGUAUGUUAAAAUAUUAAUGUAUGUGUAUUAGAAUAUAAAUAUUGAGCAAUAUAAUAAUAGUAAAAAUAAUUUUAGAAUUUUAAUGCAAUUAUAUUUACUAUUCAAUUAAUGUCAAAAUCAAAUGCAUCUUUAGGUGAAUAGUCUUUAUUUGUUACAUUUUUCACAUUUUCAUCGCUGUUAAGUGAAUCGAUCCUUCGGAAUGGUUGGUUGGCGUGUAAAGAUAAUCAUUUCAAACGCUAUCAUUUGCGGCACAUUAAAUUAAGGCUAAGCCUUAUCCGAUGAUCGCAAUCUAAUCUUUCCUCAGGUGUAAUAUGCUUUAACUGAUAUAUCUAUAUAUGGUCAAUAUUAUAGUCACUUGUCGAUCGUCACUGUUCAAUAUUUGUAAAAAAAAAUGCUGAUCCAGGAUUUUUUUUAAUAACAAAGAAUAAUAUCCUUCUUAUAUUACAUAAUAUCAAUAUGUUUGUAACAUAUUUGUAAUAUGUAUGCGUAUUUAAAUAGUUCUUGUCUUAAAUUUAUCUCUGCUAAUAUACACGACAUUUCCGCAGAUAAAUUUUUCUUUUAACUAGCAAUUAGUAUUAAACAGCAUGUUACUACAUCUAAUUUACCGAUGGAAAUUCUAUACUUCGCGUGCUUUAGCGCUAAAGAUGCCGAGUAAUUCUUUACGUAAUAUAUCGUUUCUUUUCCUGCGUUUUGCAUGUCGAUGGGAGCGGACACAUUCAUUAGUAAGAGCUUGUGGAACACUCAUAAGCAUUUUGAUUUUCGUACUCUGUGUUUUCAAAAGUGUGCAAAAAUUAUUUAAAUUUUUUAUCAUAAUGAAAAUUUCGGUCAAAAUUUAAGUAUCUGGAUUGAAAUUAUAAAGUUGAACUUUUUGCCUCUUAAGUGAAUAGUGUAGGUGUAAAUUUCACAAGAUGGAUACAUCAAUUACCGAGGGCGAAAUCCACAGAUUGCAAUGGCAGGAUUACCUCGUGAUUAGCGUAAUCAUGUUAAUUUCCGUCAGCAUAGGGAUCUACUAUCGAUUCAGCGGUGGUCGACAACGUACGGCAGCGGAAUACUUUACCGCGGACAGUUCGAUGGGUGUCUUUCCUCUCUCGAUUGCCAUGAUGGCCUCUCACAUAUCGGCAAUUAGCAUGCUCGGAAUGAGCGGGGAAACUUACAUCCGCGGCAUGUUCCUCGUAUUAUUAUAUCUCAGCAGCAUUUUCAUCGUGCCGAUUAUAGCUUUCUGCUAUCUACCAGUCUUCUUCGAAGUGAAGGUCGUAAGCAUCUAUGAGUAUCUGGAGAAACGAUUUGGAUUAUACGUGCGAUUGCUGGUGAGCGCGGCAAACUUUACCGAAACGAUGUUACUGACCGGUGUGAUGCUGUAUGCUCCUUCGUUAGCUCUCGAGGCCACCGCAGGAUUAUCGAGUCUUAUGAGCAUCUUGGUACUCGCCACAAUUUGUACCUUCUAUUCCACGAUAGGUGGUAUCAAAGCGGUACUGGUCACCGAUAUCUUCCAGGGCUUGCUCAUGAUCGUUGCUCUCAGCACUAUCAUCUUAAUUGUUGCCAUGGAGAUUGACGGAGGAAUUGGUGGUAUUUGGCGUAUUGCUCUGGAAGGGAACCGUCUUGAUGUCUCCAACGUGAGUUUGGAUCCAACUGUCCAGUAUACGUGGUGGAGUCUUUUGAUCGGCGGAGGAUCGAUAGGUCUAUCCUUUCUUGCAGUAAAUCAAGUGCAAGUUCAACGUUUAAUGACCGUUAAAAGCGUAAAAGUCGCUACGAAUGCCCUGCUGCUGUGCGGUCCUUUCAUCGCACUGAUAGGUUUCUUAACAUGUUUCACCGGAUUGGCGCUAUACGCAAUCUACAAAGACUGCGAUCCUGUAGCCUCCGGAAAGAUCACCACCUACGAUAAAAUAGUGCCGUUUUUCACCGCGGAGAGAUUGUCACCUGGAUUGGUCGGGCUUAUCGUUUCCGGCAUUUUCAGCGCUAGCUUGAGCACGAUUUCUGCUAUGAUGAACUCGUUGGCGGCAGUGGCGCUCGAGGAUUACGUUAAGCCGCUGCAUCGAAAGUUCGGGGUGGAAUUUUCUGAUAAGAAAGCCACCUUCACAGCCAAAGCUCUUACUUUUUUAAACGGCGUUCUUUGCUUGUUCUUAGCAUUGUUGGCGAAGACGAUGGGACGGUUGGUUGCCGUCGCCUUCAGCAUACACGGAGCUAUUGGCGGCCCCAUUCUGGGUAUCUUUACUCUUGGAAUGCUAUGUGAGAGUGCUAACGAGAUAGGAACCAUCAUUGGCAUGAUUACAGCAUUAAUCGUUUGUAUGUGGGCUGCUUUCGGGCAUCCGAAACCACCCGUCCCGGAACUACCGAUAUCGGUCGAAGGUUGCGCAAAUUCUUCAGCGUUGAUGCUCGCUGAACAGAUGAAGCUCAACAGUACUGUAGAACCAGACGAAUCGUACUUUUAUCUUUAUCGUAUCUCCUAUUUAUGGUAUAAUCCUAUGGGAUUAAUAAUUACUUUAGUGGUUGGAUAUACAGCGAGCUAUAUAGUACGGCUUAUUCAACGCGGAAACAUUAUUGAACAUGAUCCAAGUUUGUUUGUGCCAUUUGUGGCCGCCAGGAUCAGACGGCGACGCCAAGACGCGCAGAAAAUUACGAACAGCCAGAUCUUCGUUCUGGAACCUAGCCAUAUAAAAUGAGGCUUUUAUAGUUAAAUAAAAUCUAUAAUUAUUUAUAAACAAAUAUAUGUUACACACACACACACACACUUCAAAUCGAGCAGACAGUAAAAUGAUCCAGGGCGCUUAAUACUAUAAGGAUAAUUGACUGAUUCCAUUAUUUUAAGGAAAUAAGGCUAAAAAUAAGGCUUACUUUGAUAUUCGCUUAUAUAUAUAUCUGUUCCAUAACAUAUUUUUAUUUGGUCUUUUAUUAAAAUAACGUAAGAAUAAAAUAAUGUUGGUAGUUAAAUAAAUUGAAUAUCUCUGCAUAUAUAUACAAUUACUUAUUAUUAUUAUUAUAAAAUUGCCUAUAUUUCUCUUUAUUAUAUUAAAUAAAACACAUUUUAAUAAUACUUUAUUUUUAUUUUGUUCGUCUCAAUAUUUAUAUAUUGUAUGUGAAUGAUAAUAUAUAAUAUAUAUUUAUAUAUUAAAUUGGUAAUACAAUUAACGUCCACAUACAUGAUAAUAUUAUUAAAAACAUCUUAACGAUGCAACUAAGUUUUAUUUGGUAGAAAAUUUUCGUUUUGUCGAUUUAUGCAAUUAUGGCUACAGAGCUAUUAUCCAAUUAUAAGGUAAGCGAAAACCUGCCUGUAAAUCGGCGACAGUACCUUGAUGAAUGUAAGCUCGAAUGAGAUUCACGCGUACCAGUUUUUCGACGGCGGCUUCGUCUCUGCAUUAAUUUGCAAUUUAACGAGCGCUGAUUGGCGGAAAAGAGUAAUAGUGUGAGUACGUGUGUAUUCGACGAUGACGACGAACCGGCGAUUUAAAGGAUUCCAUUACAUUGCUGCCGAAAUUGGCGCGACUUAUCUCGUAAUCGUUUACGGCAAAUUAUCGUGUCCAGUUCGGGCAAGCUUUUAAUUCGUUUAAUCGAAGUUCAUCUGUGCAGCGGAACGUUGUUACUCUUUGUGUGACGUAUAAUUGGAUGAUCAAAAAAAGAAGCAGUAAUUGAUACGUUGCUGAAUUUGUU